UAGUAUUUGAUAAAACAGCCGCGCGUUGAAUGCAUAUUUUCUUGUUUACUUAAUUAAAAUGGUAAUGUGAUUUAUUUAAUUCAUUGAUAAGAAAUGUGUUUCACUAUAUCAGAUACGUAAUUAUUGUGAAUUGUUGUUUUAUCAGUCGACAAACAACAACAGUCUUUAUUUCAAGGUCAUAUAUGUGCUGGUAAAAGAGCAUACUUUAAAGUCGUGUAGUUUUAAAUGAUUGGUUUAUUGUGGUUCCAUUCACGAGUAUAGACGCAUGUAUGAACGGGAUUUCAUAUCAGGAUUACAAAUCUGUGACACUCACACGCAUAAUGUGUUUAUCUAAACUAUUCUGGAAUGUUCCAUGACAAAUAAAGAUGACGCAUGCGCAGUGUUCAUUUUAAAUUCACUGGAAAAUACAUCACAAAAGUUAUGGCCAGUGAGCGUAAGUAGCGCAUGCGCAAAAACAAUCGUCAACUCUUGAAAAAUGUUUGGUCCUUGCGAAUGUGAAAUGUUUAAUUCAUUCAGGAGUUGUGACGAAGGCAUAGAAAUGAAAACAUUACAAAAGAUGUUAACGUAAAACUGUUUAUCUUCACAGGAACGUCUAAUAUGUGGCCUAUACCGUUAAUGCAUGCUCAGUAAUAAUCUUAACUUCGCCGGAACACUGAGAAAGUAAUUCACGUGAAGUGUAUUUUAUUCUUGUCUAGAAAGCUAAAUUUAUCAUAUGAGUUUCAUAAUUUUUAUUCAAAUAGUGAAACAUAGACAAGUUUAUUGCUUUUGCAUUUGGUUAAAUGUUUACAUUAUGCUUUCUGGAGCACUAAUGACAACGACGCAUGCGCAGCGUUAAUAUUUAGCACUUUGGAACGCCAGACAAAACAAGAGCGGUCAUUUACCUUUUCCUAUUCUGCAACAAUAAUUAGAAGAAACAAUUAAACAAAUGCCCUUCUGUAUCAAUAAAGAUGCACUGACAAAGACAUGCCAAUAACGUUACAAACACCACGUUUUGUAUUUUGUUCCGUUGCCAACAACUUCGUUUCAUUCUCUUUGCACUUAAAAGUGCAUAUGUACAAUGCAUGUGUCUACUGCCUAUGGACAUAACAUAUCUAUUUAUCUAUAUGCAUGUAUUCCGGCAAGACAGUGUUCUUUAUCUGUAGAGGGAUGUUAAAGGACUUUAAUCAAUUUAUCAAAAUGGACGUUACAUAUUGAGGUAAUCCAUGGCAGUAAAUGGCAUCUUAAUAAAUCAUUAGCAAGUCUUGGCAGCAGUAAGCAAAAUACUGGCAACCUAAAAGUCCCCGCAUAGCUGUGGCAACGGUCAUGCAAAUAUUGGAAAUCGUUCACAAACAUAGGCAUUAAUCACUUUAUGUAGGCAAUUAGAAAGCCUUUGCAAUACUGGACAAAUAAAUACCUAAGAAAAAUCUGGUAACUGCCUCACUAAUGAAGGGUUUUCAACGUACAUUUUCAGAUAUACUGUUACUCGUGGUUUUUCUCAUUCUUACUGCUUUAUUGUUUACAAUCUACACUAGUACCAAAUCUGUUCCGUUACGUCCCGUUCCGUAUGACUUUGAAGAGAGUUACACGGUCGAACCAGUGUUUAACAAAGUGUUUGUCAACAAAAGCCAGUUCGAUCUUCGCAUUAUUGUAAUCACUUACAACAGGGCAGCUUCAUUGUUAAGGUUAUUAAAAUCGAUCAAUAAUGCCGAAUAUUACUCUGAUAAAAUCAAAUUAGAGGUCUGGGUUGACAUUUCCAAGGAAGGUAAAAAAGACAAUGCGACGAUAAACACCGCGUAUGAAUUUGAAUUUAAACAUGGGUCAUAUGAUGUUCACGUGAGAGAAAAGCAUGCCGGUAUAUAUGGACAAUGGCUGACUUCCUGGAAGCCGGUGAAACAAUCUGCAGAGGUCAGCGUUAUUCUUGAGGACGAUUUAACAGUGUCACCGUAUUUCUAUAAAUAUCUUAAACUUGUGCAUAGGAAAUAUGACAGUCACCCAGAGAUCAACGGGUACGCUUUACAAGGUGUUUCGAUUAAACACCACGUACGUGACAUGUCCACCCUUGAGGGGCCUCCCGGAAGUUUAGUUUUUCUAUAUCCGGUUCUCGGCACGUGGGGAUUUUCUCCAGUGACGGAUAAAUGGAUUGGAUUUUUAGACUGGUUCUAUUCAUUACGUAACAUGAGUGACGUAAACCCGGAUAUACCAAACAAUAUUGCGUCAGAGUGGUAUAAUAUGUUUCUCAAAGAGGGAAAGGCAGACACCAUGUGGGAAAUUUGGCACAUAUACCACGCUUGGCAAAACAAUUUAUACACUCUUUAUUCAAACUUCCCUGGACAUGCGGGGCUUAGCAACAGUCACAGAGAAGCGGGCCUACACUACGGUUCUAGCGCGGGAGCAUCUAACGAACUUCUUGAAGAGUGGAAGCGAGAAUAUGAUUAUCUACCAGACUGGCCUCAUCAUUUGGACAUAUCUGGAAAAUUUUCAUGAAACUCAGAUGGUAGUUAGUACGUAUCGUCACCUUAAUGCAAUAACUGAUUAACUCCUAUUUAAUUUAGAAGGACUUGGCCUGUUACUGCACUAAGGUGACGGUAUGUUAAGUAAGCACAACUACCAUGUCUAGAACUGGAUUUACAAAUUAUUACGUCUUUUUCAAGAAUUUUGUUCGGUUUUCAUGACGUACGUGUAUAUUUUAGUUCUUAAUUAUUUUCCUAUUUUUUAAAAAUUUCUAUCUAUUAUAUUCGGGAAGCGUUUGUUGGAUAAGAUUUGUGUUGAUCCUUGUCAUAUAGAGGAUUAUUAUCUACCCGAGGCACGGAUAGAGUUGACAUGCAUCUCAUUUUUAGGAGUUUAAGAUAAAUGAUCGUAAGAUAAAUGCAAAGAAAUAGAUACCGAACAUCAUAACAGCAAAGCAUACAGCAUAAGUUCUUAUCAAUUCGGCAUAUUACGUUACUUUCCGUUUAUUUUAAAGGAGGUAAAUGUGAAGCGUAUCAAUUCACUUUUGUCUAUACAUUAUCAUCUUUUUAGCAUAUAAGAUGGUCUCAAAAAGAUUCUGUCACGAUAAAUUAUGAUACCGAAAUAAAAAAAAAUGCACUGGCAUUUAACACUCUUUUAAUUACGAUCAACUUUCAAAAAAUGGAUAGAUCUACAAUCAAAAUCCAACGCUUGGACAUUCUAAUUGUAAACCAGUCUAAGCCGGCAAGACGGUUAUCCGUAAUGAACUAGUCUAAGCUGUGAUGGCGAAUUUUCGAAGGGAACCAGUCUUAACUCAGAAGGUGGAUAUUCGUAUGGAACCAGUUGAAAGUUUUGAAGCAAGCAUUGAGGUAUCAAUGUAAAAGACAUACAAAUGCUACAUAGUUUGGACGAAAGUCACUUUGUUAUCAAAUAACGAGAUAGUAUUAAUUCUCUAAAAUGUAAAAUGUCAAAUUUUUACCAUAUGGAACGAGGCAUGCGUGACUUACAUAUAGAUUGUGUUCGUUCAUUUGUGUGUCUGUUCCUUUCUUUUUUUCUUCUUUUUUUUUGUUGUUGUUGUUAACUUCUUGAUUGUAUAUUUUUGUUUGGUAUAUGUAUAUAUUAUUUUUAAUUUCUGAAGAUAAACGCAUAUUGACAAAACUUUCAUGACAAUCCUUUUUGAUAAUAAAAAUAAAUAGAAUUCACACCGAGACCGUUAAGCCAUUUCGUCUUAACAUAUUUAUGAAUUUAAGAGCCCUACAUAUGUAAAUACGAGUAUCUGAUUGUAUGCGUUGUAGUAGUAGUUAGAAUAUGCUUUUACUAUUUAGCAAUCAUUUAAUUGUUAAUAAUAUUUCUAUAAUUAAUCAUAUGACAAAACUGUUAUGACGAUAUCACCCGAAACUAGUCGAUACUAACCGAUUCAUAAGGAUAUAUAUUAUCUUCUACAUACGAUUACAUCUGCAGCGGAAUUUACUAAUUAAAUGCAGCUUUAACAUUUGUACAAUUUUCAAACGAGUUUACAAUUAAAAAACAAACAUAUCAAACUUAAAUAUAAUGUAGUGUAAUUAUGGAUGUGUUUGAAUAUUAUAUUACUUAUCAAAAGGCACAUAACUCCCAAUGUAGGUUAGCUAUUCCUUAUUUUAUCGAUAUUUUUUAUCUCAUUUGAGUAAUUAAAUGAAGAGAACACAAUUAAUUAAUGAAAUUCCGUGUUUAUUUCUACAGAGGAUACAAUAAAAAUAUUAAUCAAUGGUAAAAAAGGUUCGAUAAAUUAUAUGUUAAUGCUGUUAGAAUUGUGUAUAAGUUAUCUGCGCUUUAAAGAAAAUUCAAGGGCUGAUAACUCGUAAAUGAGGUAGGUGACCCCAAAUUUUUAUUUGCCUAAAAUGUAUCUGCUAUAACAUUCUAAGAACAUGCAAAGUUUAAAUAACUUCUAUAAUGUAGCUUUCAAUGUGCUUAUUCAUUUUAUGUAACCCUGCAGCUGCCUGACUCCAGAUGAGCAAAAAUAUACCAAUAAAAUUAGCCUUGAGAAAAUGGACAUGCAUUAACUUUUUAAUAAAAGUUACAAAAAUCCACAAUCCACAAUUCAAGAAAUAAUUUGUAUGUUAUAUGCAAUGAAUAGCUGAUUUUGAAGUAUUUACAUGUAUUUCCAUAUUGCAUAAAUUACUUUUGUUGUUCAGUUGACAGUGUUUGACUUUUAAAUGCAUCUUUAAAAAUUGAUGGAAAUUAUCAUGAAUACUUUAAUUAUUGAUAAUUUGUGACUGAAUUUACACUUCUUAUCACCGUUACAACUAUCAUAAAGCUGGCGUUGUACUUUUUAUAUUUCGACAUAUUAUAUAUUAAUUUUGUAAGUGUUAGUGCCUUAUGCUAUUUUAAAUUAUUGUACAUUUCAUAAAUUUGAAAAAAAAUUCUAAAUGUUCAUGAAAAAAAUCUUAAUAAAUAUUCAAGAAUACUGCAUUUGUUUGAUUCGUCCUGUUAUCCACAUUCUGUAGGAAAAAAUAAAUCCAUAUUUACAAUUUGUCUGUAUGUCGCAAUAAUUAGGUUUUUAUUUGUUUUGGUCGUCAGACCAAACAAAUAAUGGUAGCGAAAUUUCAGACUUUAACAUGCUUAUUUGCAAAAACCGAAAGUAGUCAAAACUCCUCGAAGUGGUUUCUUCCCUAAAGACGAAAAAUUAAGGGGAGAUCACUGCGUAAAGAUUGUCAAAUGACAGACGCAUUAAUUUUCAAGCCUUCUCUGAGAAGAAAAAAAUAAUUACCGAUUGGACAAAGAUUUCUCAUAUUGUGUAAGUCUAUACAGAUAUGCAUGCUUAUAUUAAGCUCCAUGAUUAUUUACAUCAGUGUUUCACAACAGGUUUACCGUGAACAAAAUAUCUCGAAAUUAAUAAGGGUUACAAACCCUAAUUAAGAAUAAUGUGGUUUUCUUCAGGCUGUUAUUUUAUAAUCUCCACGUGGUCCGAGGGAUGCAUGCUCGUUUAGGAAGCA